AUGUCGUAAUGGGUUUUAUAUUCUGAAAUAUUGGUAUCAACUCCCUGCUUAUCACCCACUUAAAAUGGAUAGGCCGGUGCUGGCCGUGUCGUGUUUAUAGAUCCUGUGUCUCACAAGAAAGUCACUUCGUUUUUUGUCGCUUCGGGAGUGUGGAAUUGCAGAUGAGCGAUGUUUGUAAUCUAAACCCAGCCUUGGCCAGCUCCACAUCUUGCCACCACUGCCACAUAGUGUGCUCAUACACCACCAAUGUUCACCAGAAUGGUCAUGCUUAUGACUGUUUUAACUCUGACACUCUUCUAAUUUUUGUAGGCAUUCAUACAGCAGGGGGCCAGAGAUGCUUCCCAGGAGAUUUAAAACUUGUGACAUCCAGAUAGGCAUAUUCUUCUGCAUCUAUGUGGCCUGGCAUUUAUUACACCUGCCAAAAGGGUCAGAUUAUGAUCAGAUAUGUUGAGGACAAGAUUAUCUUCAAACAGUAGUGCAUAUGAUUUCUAUUGAUGCUGUAUCGCUGCUCCUCAUGCAUGCUGCCAUGCUCUGGGUAUUUGGCAGAUCAUGGAUUUUCAGCAAGACCAGCAAGAUGCUUCAAAUGAAUUAUAUGGCUGUGGUUUUAAUGGCUUGCACCAGCUUGAUAGUUCAGAUGAUGGAUACAAAACAUCAUGGGUUAGAAUAGCUUGUGGAGUUGACAGCAAGUCCAGUUUUGCUGUAUGUUGGGACUCAGUGUAUGUCUAUCAUACACAAGCUCUCGGCGGCGGAGGACCGCCUGUUGGCACUGUACCGAGACGGCUCGGUGCUGCUCUUCAGCAAGAGCUGGCGCCGCCUGUGUCUGCAGUCCUCCGACCAGGAGAAGUCUGGCCGCGCCUCUCACGUGAGCGUCGGCCGACAGACGCUGGCAGCGUGCGACUCCGAUGGCCACCUGUUGAGUCUGGACGCCGUGCCCACGCCCGCCGGCGAGCACGUGGUGCUGGUCUCGUGCGGCCGCGAGCACGUGGUGCUGCUGACCCGCUCUGGGCGCGUGUACACGUACGGCUGCGGCAGCCGGGGACAGCUGGGCUCGGGCGGCCUGGACGCGGCCGAGACGCCGCAGCUGGUCCAAGCUCUUGACGGGCUGCCCAUCCAACAGGUGGCCGCUGGCGGCUGGCACACCGCAGCCGUCUCCACCUCUGGGGACGUCUACACCUGGGGCUGGAACGAGUCCAACCAGCUGGGCCUGGGCGACGACGUCAAUGUGGCGCCCGAGCCGACGCUGGUAGAGGCGCUGCCUGUUGACAAAAACGUGCGCCAGGUGGCGUGCGGCACACGCCACACCCUGGCCCUACUCGACGACGGCGCCGUACUCGGCUGGGGCUGGAACGCCUACGGCCAGCUGGCGGGGCCGCGGCGGGCGCGGGCGUCUCACUCUGCAGCUCGAGCUCACGCCGAACGUACAGUUACAGCCACGCGCCUCUAG